CAGAAGUCGAUGAACUAACUUGAACUGUAGAGUGUAGGUAGAGGUUAUGUUAUUCUGAUCUGAGAGGUUGUUUUUCUAAAAAUAUUAAUUGGCAGAUAAAUAGGUGACAAGAUUAGAAAUCCGUGAGUGUGAAUAAAAAUGCAUAAUGUAAGGAGAUCUAUGAACGCUAUUUGCACUUUCAAAAAUUUAAACUAUAGCUCAAAGUAUGAAUACACAACACGUUUGAAUUCACUAUUUAAUUACUGCACAUCGGCUACAUCUUCAGAGCCAGCUACAGGGGGAUUCGCAAAAGCAUAUGAUAAACAAUCUCUCAUAGUUGAUGCUCAAGACAAAGAUCAAAGUUAUACGUUUGCAUCUUUACUCCGCCAAUCCAAACUCAUUGAUUUGGGAGACCCAGUUGGCAAAGUGGUUAUUGGGAAAAUAUUUCAUGUUGUUGAAGAUGAUUUAUACAUUGAUUUUGGAUGGAAAUUCCACUGUGUUUGCACAAGGCCCGCUAGUCGAGGAGAUGAAUAUGUACGAGGAACUAGAGUGCGGAUCCAGAUAAAAGAUUUAGAAUUAUCAUCAAGAUUUCUUGGUUCCAGUACAGAUUUGACUUUGUUGGAAGCUGAUUGUAAAUUACUAGGAAUAGUGUCAUCUCCCAUGAGAGCAAGUGAGAAACAGUAAAUAUGUUUUAGUAGAGGUAGUUACUUAUUUAAUUAAAUUGGUUAGUUUUAAAA